CCCCCCGCCCCGCCCCCUCUCUCUUUCUCUCUCUGUGUCUGUAACUAAAUAUAUAGCAAUGUCUUGCGCUACAAAACCUGUAUUCAAGCCACUACCAGUGGCAAAUAGUUGUUCACUCUCACUCCCACCAGUAUACACAACAAGAACCUCAAUACCCUCCAAACCUAUCAAACUCCACCUUUCUUGCUCUUACGCUUCAUCAUCACUUUCUUCUUUUUUCUCUCUCAAAAGGAAAACCCAUUUUCCGACUAUAAUCACGUUUGUUGCAGCGCAACAAGAAGACGACAACACACUAGUCCUCGAGCAAGAACAAAAAGAAGAAGCUGAAGGAGGGUUUAGAUGGGGAAAUCAGGAAGUUGAUGGCACCGAAGCCCGUUUAUCAGAUUUAGAAGGCGAAAACGAAGACGGUGUGGAGGCUGUUGGAGAAGCUGGAGAGAGUGGUGGUGAAGAUGGGUUUGUGGAGGCUGAGGCGGAGGAGGAGUUUACGGAACCACCCGAGGAUGCAAAGGUUUUCGUUGGGAAUUUGCCGUAUGAUGUGGACAGUGAGAAGUUAGCUCAGCUUUUUGAGCCGUCGGGUAUUGUUGAAAUUGCUGAGGUAAUUUACAAUAGGGACACUGAUCAGAGUCGAGGGUUCGGCUUUGUUACGAUGAGUACUGUUGAAGAAGCUGAAAAGGCUGUGGAAAUGUUUCAUCGUUAUGACAUAGAUGGAAGGCUUUUAACCGUAAACAAGGCUGCUCCAAGAGGAUCACGUCCCGAACGCCCCCCUCGAGCAUUCGAAUCUGCUUACAGAAUUUACGUUGGGAACCUGCCAUGGGAUGUGGAUAAUGGACGCCUUGAACAGGUUUUCAGUGAACAUGGCAAGGUGGUCAAUGCUCGUGUAGUUUAUGACAGGGAGACUGGCCGAUCAAGAGGUUUUGGCUUUGUAACAAUGUCAAAUGAAGCUGAAGUGAAUGAUGCCAUUGCAAACCUUGAUGGGCAGAGUUUGGGUGGCAGGGCCAUCAGAGUAAAUGUUGCCGAGGAAAGAUCAAGGCGUAGCUCAUUUUGAUUUGAAUGAGAUCGACAAGUACCCUGAUCCAAGGAAAGAGAUCAUACAAGUAUGCUGCCGGUAGUUAUUUUCUUUUGUGGUGAGAUGGUGGCGGUGGCGGCAUGUUUGUCUGCUAUCAAUAUAAGUUUUUUUUUUUUUUUUUUUUGAGGGGGGGGAAGGUGGUGUGACUUACAUUUUACACUAUCCCUAUGAAAUUGUUGCUUAAGUUGCUGAUAUAUGUAUAAGAUUUUGAAUUUUUGCUCCAGAACUUGAGGAAACAAUUAUUCUGUUUCUUUUGUAAUUGUUUUUAAGUUUUCGAUUUGAAAGUGAAUGCAUUGGUCCACUUAUAAAUGAUUGGAAGCAUUGAGUAUGAAUUUCACUCUGCAG